UCAUGUUGGAGAAAAAAACACUUGGGAGCGCGACGGUCUUAACCAUAUGUAUUUUUAACUGAUGUUACCAUGUGAGUUUUAGGUUAAUAAAUAGGUUAUUCGUAUAUGUAGAGUUCAUAAAGAAAAAUGAUCGAAGUAGAAAAUAUUGACGAUCAGGAUGGAUUACGGUCAGAUGGUAGACGUGCUUUGGAAUUAAGACAAAUUCGUGUCAGAAUGGGAGUUUUUGGACAAGCUGAUGGAAGUGCUUAUAUUGAACAUGGUAACACUAAGGUUUUAGCGACAGUAUAUGGACCUCAUCAGCCGCGAGGUUCUACUGGAAGAAAUUCAAGCAAGGUUACUAAAGGUAUUGUAAAUUGUCAAUAUAGUAUGGCAGUAUUUAGUUUAUCUUCUGGAGAACGUAAACGAAAACCAAGAGGCGAUAGAAAAUCACAAGAAAGGUCACUCCAGUUGAAACAUGCUAUGGAAGCAAUAAUACAUUUAGAAUUAUAUCCACGUUCACAGAUAGAUAUUUAUGUGGAAGUGUUACAAGUAGAUGGAAGUGAAUAUUGUGCAUCUGUAAAUGCAGCCACACUGGCUUUGAUAGAUGCUGGAAUUCCCAUCAAGAAUUAUGCUGUAGGUUGUACUGUAACGCUAAUCAAUACUCUAAGUUUGGAAGAUGAAGAUAAAACAUUAGGAACAGGAGUAUUAGACGCAAAUUAUGUAGAAGAAUGUGCACCUGGUGUUACUUUAUCUGUUGUUGCAUUACCAGACAGUGAUAGUGUAUCAAAAGAUGGUUUCAUAGUAGUAGCUCAAGGAGCAGGACAAAGAUUACAUUUAUCACAACUUGAAUCUUUAAAAAGACGGGUUCUAUGUGGGUGUCAAGACAUCAAAACUAUUUUAGACAAUGCUGUAAGACAUCACUUAACGGAACAAUCUCUUCCUUCUCUUUUUCAUGUUAAGUCAGAUUAAAAGAAACGACUUUGUGUAAUAAUUUAAAUUGACAACUGAUGCACUUAAACAAUUUUUUUUAUAAAAUUUUGU